GAGGCUGCGCGCGCGCGCCGCCGCCGUGGCUGCGGGCCCCUGACUCCUCGACCUUUCCCUCCCGCAGUCAACGCCGCGCCUGGCGCGGAGUGGGGAACAUGGGCGCCUCGGCCUCCAGGGGUCGGCCCUCCCGGGUCCCCGCGCCGGAGCCCGAACCCGAGGAGGCGCUGGACCUGAGCCAACUGCCGCCCGAGCUGCUCCUGGUGGUGCUGAGCCACGUGCCCCCACGCACGCUGCUGGGGUGCUGCCGCCGGGUGUGUCGGGGCUGGCGCGCCCUGGUGGACGGCCAGGCCCUGUGGCUGCUCAUCCUGGCCCGGGACCACGGCGCCCUGCUGCCGCUCGCCCGCAGCUGCCUGCCCCCCGCCCGCGACGGCCGGCCCUGCCUCCUGGGCCGCUUCUGCGAGCGCCGACCGAUCGGACGCAACCUCAUCCGCAAUCCCUGCGGCCAGGAAGGCCUCCGGAAAUGGAUGGUGCAGCACGGUGGGGACGGCUGGGUGGUGGAGGUAAACAGGUCAACGGUGCCUGGGGCCCCCUCGCAGACCUGCUUCGUGUCUUCCUUCAGCUGGUGUCGCAAGAAGCAGGUCUUGGACCUGGAGGAGGAGGGCUUAUGGCCAGAGCUGCUAGAUAGUGGCAAGAUUGAGAUUUGUGUCUCCGACUGUUUAUUACAAGGAAAACCUAACCGGCAUCAUCCACGGGAAGUACCAAACCCAGACCUUCUAUUGUUCCCUGGUCACGGAGUCAGGAUGCAUUACUGUCCUGUACAUCCAUGUGACUGUAUACAUGGAAACUUGCCGACCUGGGAAGUGCGCCUAAGCACUAGAAUUUCUGUCGGUGCUUCAUCAUGUGGUUCGUCUCAGCCUCCUGGUCAACUGAUGUUGCCUGACGUGUCCUAAGCCACGUUGUUGGGUCUUUCUGGAGUGGCUAGCUGCCACGGUGGGACUGUUGUGGAUGCGGCCAGCCGGCGCUGGAAUCAUGUUGGUAGGGUAUCCAGUAUGACCCAAGGUCCCCAGGCAGACAAAGGUAACUCCCCGCAGCCAUGAUAUUCCAAAGGCCCAGAGAUGACCUCCCAGAAGCUGAGAGCAGAGGCCAUCCGUACCUUGGGACAAGGCUAAAUUUUUUUCUGUGCAAUAGCUUUUCGACAAUUCCAGAUGAUUCCAAUCCACAGCAAAGGCCGGGAACCACUACUGGGUAAUAAUUCAGUCCCAAAGGAAAAAUGUUAACGCUUACAGCUUUAUGGUCACAGGAAAAAAAUUUUUUAAUUUCUUUUUCUUCUUUCUUUUUUUUCUUUUUUUUUGUUUUUUGUUUUUUGUUUGUUUUGUUUUGAGAGAAAAAGAGCACGUGCAAGUAGGAGAGAGGCAGAGGGAGACACAGAGUCUUAAGCAGGCUUCACACCCGGCACGAAGCUGGGCACGGGGCUCGAUCUCACAACCGUGAGAUCCUGACCUGAGCCAAAAUCAAGAGUCAGAUGCCUAAAAAAGAGUCGGAUGCUUAACCGACUGAGCCACCCAGGUGCCCCCAUCAAUUUCUAUUCACAUACACAUUCUGGUAUGCGGUUGGCAUAGAGCAGUGUGAAAGGGCAACCAAAAAGUCAGGAGAAAAUAAAAACGUCACUAUCACAUGAGGACAAAAUUGUGUGGCAGAUGGAGAGCGGACGUCCGAUUCUAAGAACAACGUGAAGUCUCUGAAGGAAGAAACUUACGUGUAUUUUUUUCAGUUUUUUGAAUGUUUAUUUUUGAGAGAAAGAGCAUGAGUGGGGGGGGCGCGGGCAGAGAGAGGGAGACACAGAAUCCGACUCAGGCUCCAGGCUCUGAGCUGUCAGCACAGAGCCCGACGCGGGAUCGGAGCCCACGAGCUGCCAGAUCACGCCCAGCCGACUGAGCCACCCAGGCGCUCCUUAUUUGUGUAUUUUUGUAGUCCGUUACCCUUAAGUUGUAAACUUUGACUUCUAGCAUCAAAAGGGUACAUAUUUUAUUUUUUUAAGCGUCCAUAUUGUAGGUGUGCAGCUCAGUGAGUUAUCACAAAGUGAACAUAUCCGUGUUACGAGCCCCUUUCCCAUCACUACACACCCGAGAGUAGUUGCCGUCCUGAAUUCUGUUAGAAUAGGUAAGUUUUGUCCAUUUUUGUACUCGGGACAGAGAGAGCCCUAUGGCAUAUAAUUUGUAUCUGGCUUCUUCUUUGUUUGUCUGUUUGUUUGUUUAUUUUUGAGAGAGAGCACAAGUGGGGUAAGGGCAGAGAGAGGGGGAGACACAGGAUCCAAAGCAGGCUCUGCGCUAAACACAGAGAGCCCUAUGCGGGGCUCAAACUCAUGAACUGUGAGAUCAUGACCUGAGCCGAAGUCAGACACUUAACUGGCUGAACCACCCAGGCACCCCUCCCCUGGUCGUUUUAAAUAACUGACAUGAAAAUUAUCUUUUAAAAUAUCAACAUGCAGGGGCGCCUGGAUGGCUCAGUGGAUUAAGCUGACUUCGGCUCAGGUCAUGAUCUCACGGUUCAUGAGUUCGAGCCCCGCAUCUGGCUCUGUGGUGACGGCUCAGAGCCUGGAGCCUGCUUCAGAUUCCGUGUCCCCCUCUCUCUCCGCCUCUUCCCUGCUCAUGCUCCAUCCUUCUCUUUCAAAAUCAGAUAAACAUUAAAAACUUUUUUUUA